AGGCAAUGACUUGUUCAGGGAAAAUAAGAAGAAGUAUUUAAUUUGAAGAAAAUAAGAAAUUGAAAAUGGAGAGUUUACUGUGUGAGAAAUGGGAGCUUCAGCCGAAGCAUUCGUCCACGGAGGUGCUGCAGCGGUGGCGCGAUCUCUGCGGCGUCGUCAAAAAUCCCAAAAGACGAUUCCGAUUCACCGCCAAUAUCGCCAAACGUCACGAGGCUGCUCAAAUGCGCAAAACCAAUCAGGAGAAAUUGAGGAUCGCAGUCCUUGUCUCCAGAGCCGCAUUCGAAUUCAUAAAAGGCGCGAAGAUAAGCAACUACACCAUCCCGGACGAAGUCGAAGCCGCCGGCUUCAAGAUCUGCGCCGGAGAGCUAGGCUCCAUCGUGGAAGGCCACGACCUCAAGAAGCUCCGCCUCCACGGCGGCGUGGCCGGCCUCGCAGACAAGCUCGCCGCCGACGCCUCCGCCGGGCUCUCCUCCUCCGACCUCCCCCGCCGCCAGGCCCUCUACGGCCUCAACAAGUUCCAAGAAAGCCCCCCGCGCAGCUUCCUCCACUUCGUCUGGGAGGCCCUCCACGACAUGACCCUCAUGAUCCUCGCCGCCUGCGCCCUCGUCUCCCUCGUCGUCGGCAUCGCCACCGAAGGCUGGCCCCGCGGCGCCCACGAUGGCCUCGGCAUCGCCGCCAGCAUUUUACUCGUCGUGUUCGUCACCGCCUCCAGCGACUACCGCCAGUCGCUCCAGUUUAGAGAUUUGGAUAAGGAAAAAAAGAAGAUUAACGUUCACGUCACCAGAAACGGUUACAGGCAGAAGAUUUCGAUAUACGAGCUUCUCCCGGGAGACAUCGUGCAUCUCUCCAUCGGCGAUCAAGUCCCUGCUGAUGGCGUUUUUCUCUCUGGCUUCUCGGUCUUGAUAGACGAGUCGAGUCUGACCGGUGAGAGCGAGCCAGUUAUGGUUAAUAGUGAGCAUCCUUUUUUAUUGUCCGGGACGAAGGUGCAGGAUGGGACUUGUAAAAUGAUGGUGACUACCGUCGGGAUGAGGACGCAGUGGGGGAAGCUGAUGGCGACGCUGAGCGAAGGGGGUGACGACGAGACGCCUCUCCAAGUGAAGCUCAAUGGAGUUGCUACCAUAAUUGGGAAAAUUGGUCUUGCUUUUGCGGUUGUUACUUUUGCUGUGCUUGUUCAGAAGCUUGUUGCUCGGAAGUGGGGUGAUGGGACUAGUUUGGUUUGGUCGGGCGAUGAUGCACUUGAGCUUCUCGAGUAUUUCGCUAUAGCUGUCACUAUUGUUGUCGUUGCGGUCCCUGAAGGGCUCCCGCUUGCUGUGACGCUUAGCCUUGCAUUCGCGAUGAAGAAGAUGAUGAACGAUAAGGCGCUCGUUCGCCAUCUCGCUGCGUGUGAGACUAUGGGGUCCGCGACUAGUAUAUGUAGUGACAAGACGGGGACUCUUACUACGAACCAUAUGACUGUGGUGAAGGCUUGCAUUUGUAUGAAUGUGAAGGAGAUCACGAAGCCAGAGCACGCCUCUGCUUUGUGCUCUGAGCUCCCGCAGUCGGUGGUGAGGACGCUCCUGCAGUCGAUCUUCACCAACACGGGCGGGGAGGUGGUGGUGAACAAGGAAGGGAAGCAGGAGAUUCUUGGGACGCCGACUGAGGCUGCGAUACUCGAGUUUGGGCUGUCGCUCGGGGGGGAUUUUCAAGGGGAGAGGCAGGGGUGUAAGAUAGUGAAAGUUGAGCCGUUUAAUUCGACUAAGAAGAGGAUGGGAGUGGUGGUGGCGGUUCCGGGGGGCCUACGAGCUCACACGAAGGGGGCCUCGGAGAUCAUCCUGGCUUGCUGCAGCAGUGUGCUGAAUCAGAAGGGGGAGGUGGUGGAUUUGGAUAAUGCAUCUUUCAAUCAUUUGAAGGAAACUAUUGAGCAGUUUGCGAAUGAGGCUCUUCGGACUCUAUGCCUCGCGUAUGUGGAGCUCGAGGAUGACUUUGACGAACAGGACUCCAUCCCUGCCUCUGGAUUCACUCUGAUAGGCAUUGUGGGGAUCAAGGACCCUGUCCGGCCCGGGGUGAGGGAGUCCGUUGCACUGUGUCGCUCGGCUGGUGUCACUGUCCGGAUGGUCACCGGAGACAACAUCAACACUGCAAAGGCUAUUGCUAGAGAGUGUGGGAUUCUUACAGAUGAUGGGAUUGCGAUAGAAGGUCCCGACUUUCGCGAGAAGAGUUUGAAGGAAUUGCACCAAUUGAUCCCCAAUAUCCAGGUGAUGGCUCGUUCCUCGCCACUGGAUAAGCAUACGUUGGUCAGGCACUUGAGAACCACGUUCAACGAGGUUGUUGCUGUGACUGGUGAUGGGACGAACGAUGCUCCCGCACUUCAUGAAGCAGACAUUGGACUAGCAAUGGGUAUUGCUGGAACUGAGGUGGCUAAAGAGAGUGCUGAUGUUAUAAUUUUGGAUGACAAUUUCUCAACCAUUGUCACAGUAGCAAAAUGGGGUCGUUCAGUAUAUGUAAACAUCCAAAAGUUUGUGCAGUUUCAGCUGACUGUCAAUAUUGUUGCCCUCAUUGUAAACUUCACUUCAGCUUGUUUGACUGGAAGUGCACCACUGACUGCUGUCCAGCUGCUAUGGGUGAACAUGAUCAUGGACACACUGGGGGCGCUUGCACUAGCAACGGAGCCUCCCAACGAGGCGCUGAUGAAGAAGGCACCCGUGGGAAGGAGUGGCAACUUCAUCAGCAAUGUGAUGUGGAGGAACAUUUUGGGCCAAUCAGUCUACCAAUUUGUGGUCAUAUGGUUCCUUCAAGCGUACGGGAAGGCUUAUUUCGAAAUCGAAAACUACCCCAACUCGGACCUAAUCCUCAACACCAUCAUCUUCAACACCUUUGUCUUCUGCCAGCUGUUCAACGAGGUGAACUCGAGGGAGAUGGAGAAGAUAAACGUGCUUGAAGGGAUACUUAACAACCACGUAUUCGCCUCUGUUGUUGGGUCGACGGUCGUUUUCCAGAUCAUAAUUGUGGAGUUUCUUGGGACAUUUGCAAACACCACUCCUCUCACAAUGGGGCAAUGGAAAGCAAGCAUAUUCAUAGGCUUCUUAGGCAUGCCCAUUGCUGUUAUCUUGAAAACACUCAUUCCCAUGAGUAAUUAACUGCUGCUCUUCUUCAAGGAAGAAGGAACCAUGCACUAAUCAUCAAGACUUAAGUAGCAUUUUGGUUUUCUUAGCCUCUUGACAUGUAAUAAUUUUGUUUAGCAGCUUAGGAAUAUAUAUUUUGUCUUUGUAUAGUUCAUUUGUGUAAGUGAUGAUUUCUGCUGUAAAGUUGGAUGAUCUAUUGGUCAAUCUACGAUGCCUUUGCACUA